AUUCAUGAAAAGUGCAUUUCAUGAAUUACGUCUUCUUACAACUUCAUUCUAUUUGGAUCAAUAAAUCAUAAGUGCCCAACAUGCCUCUAGCAAAGUCCAAAACGUCUGUUGGACUGGGCAAUUCGCUCAUGAACGAUCGUUUUGGUAAAGGCAAAGGAUCUGAUCGCAAAAAGGGUGCUGCAGUCACAAGAAUCAACCACUCAACCGGUGAAGAGUAUAUCACCAACGAUAGAAAAGAAGCAGCAUGGGUCAAGAUGCGCUCCGUAACGGAGCAAGGCGCUCUAGACGAAUUUCUUGCGACGGCAGAGCUUGCCGGUACCGAUUUCACGGCCGAGAAGAUGAACAACGUCAAGAUCAUACAUACCGACCAAAGAAACCCGUACCUAUUAUCAGCGACCGAAGAGCGCGGUGUCUUAGGGAAACAUGCCAAACACAGAGGCAAGUUAACGGUGCCGAGGCGACCGAAGUGGGAUUCUUCAACUACAGCGGAUGAACUUGAUCAGCUCGAAAGAGAGAGUUUCUUGAACUGGCGAAGAGGACUCGCAGAGUUGCAGGAGCACAACGAUCUCUUGAUGACACCCUUUGAGCGCAAUCUGGAAGUAUGGCGACAACUAUGGCGUGUCAUUGAGAGAUCAGACUUGGUUGUUCAAAUUGUCGAUGCGCGCAACCCCCUGAUGUUCCGAUCCGAAGAUCUCGAAUCAUACGUGAAGGAUGUGAACCCAGCGAAGAAGAAUCUCUUACUGGUUAACAAGGCGGAUAUGAUGACGACGAAUCAGAGAAAGGCUUGGGCGACAUACUUCAAAGAGAAGCGCAUAGCCUAUCGUUUCUUCUCGGCCAGUCUAGCAAAGCAAUUAAUCGACGAACGCGAUCUAGAAGAUGAGCAAGAGGAACCUUUGGUUGGCCAGAGCUCGAAUCCAAAAACCAUUCAGAGAUCUAAGGCGGAUAGCGCUCCAGAAGACGAAAGUGACGAAGAUGAAGACGAAGACGAAGAGGACUCUGGUGUAGCCUUAACUCGGGACUCCGACGACGAUACAAGAAUAUUGACAGUUGAGGAGCUAGAGGACAUAUUCCUCAAGCAUGCAUAUGACCCUGAUGACCCAGACAAGAAGUUACAAAUUGGGUUAGUUGGUUAUCCCAACGUCGGUAAAUCGUCAACAAUCAAUGCCCUCAUCGGCGCCAAGAAAGUGUCUGUUUCCGCUACACCUGGUAAAACGAAGCAUUUUCAAACUAUUCACUUAAGCGACAAGGUUAUCUUAUGCGAUUGUCCCGGUCUCGUAUUCCCCAAUUUUGCAACCACAAAAGCAGAUCUCGUAUGUAAUGGCGUCUUGCCAAUUGAUCAACUCCGAGAAUUCACGGGUCCCGCAGCUCUAGUUGCACACAGAAUUCCUCAACCAUUCUUAGAGGCCAUAUAUGGUAUCCACAUCAAGACAAGACCAUUGGAAGAAGGUGGAACAGGAUUCCCCACCGCAAGUGAGCUCUUGGCAGCCUAUGCCAGAGCUCGAGGCUUUGCCACCCAGGGUGUGGGACAGCCAGACGAAUCACGAGCUGCCAGAGUUAUACUCAAGGAUUACGUGAACGGCAAGCUCUUAUACGUCGAGCCCCCACCUAAUGGUGGUGAUGGUGCGGAUUUCAACCGCGAGCUAUACGAUGCAGAGCAUCUACCAGAAAAGCGCAAAGCAGCCCUGCUCGCGGCUAUGGAUGCCUUAGAUGUAGGUGACGGCGAGUCGACGGUCGACACCGAAAUGCUAGCCCUGCCAACGGGUGUUAAGUCAGCAAAACUCGACAAGGCUUUCUUUGCGCGUCAGGGGAAUUCGGGACAUAUGAGAAUGCCAUUUAGCCAUAAGUAUACAGAGCAAGGAAAGGCACAGGCACAGGCACAGGCACAAGCCAAGCAUCUUAGUGGACGAAAGGCCAGAGCUAUGAUUGCGUUAGAAACGGGUGUUGAUCCUAAAGAUGUUCAGCUCGGUUCUAGUAAGAAGCACUUUAAGGGUGGAAUUAAGGGGAAGGGAAAGAGAGUUGACAAUAAGAUGCUCAACGAAGACUGAGAAGAUUGGGAGUAAAGCUUCAUCGACCGAGAAAAUGGGGUGAAGGGAAAACACUAUGAAGACAUGAUGAUAUAUCUAAGUCGUUGCUGCCACAUGGACUCGAUUGGCACUUCAAUGGCUAUUCGCAUCAAUAUAAGAAACGUGGUGAUGACUACUUGUGCAGAGUCCACAAAUCCUCCUGUUGAUGAAUCCGAAC